GACUCUCAGAGGAGGGGAGCGGUGGAGCCAUUUUGUAGUCAUUUAAAACUUGCUCGUAGAUUAAUGUGACUGCGCUCCGUGGAUACUAUGGAUAUAAGUGUCGUUUCCACUUUCAAACUUCACCAUGAAGGAUAAAAGAAAAAGGGACAGGGAUAGUUAAUGCUUUGGUGGAGGUGUUUCGAUGAAGUUGAAUGGGUUUUGUUGGAGUUUUAAACCAUGGAAUUACCGAUGUAUUGGAUCUGGGUUUGUGUUCUAUUCAACGUGCCCUUGCUGGGAUGUUUCGAGCUACACCUUUCGGGGACGUUACAAACGGGGACCGUUUUGGCAAAUUUGUCCCUGGGGCCCGGGUGGACAUACAACAUCGACAGGACUUUAACUCCUAAAUACAUUCAGAACUUUUUACAAGUGGAAUGGCAAGAAGGAGCUCUCCGUAUGUACCGAAAAGUGGAUUGUGUGCGCUUAUUGAGGAACCCGGUGCCUGUCUAUAUCAGGAUAGGCUCGUUGACGUCUGAAAAUGUUGUUUUGACACAUUUCAAUACAUUUGUACACGGACAAGACUGUUUUAUCAAAUACAAGAGAAAGAGCACAGUAGGUAAACUCGACAUUCACAUCAAUUACCUUUCCAAACUGGAAGCAACUUCCUGCUUAUCCGCAGGUAAUUUGCUUGUGAAUGUAACAAAACUUUUGCCUGCCUUUACGCGAAAUAUCAAUUUUUCUGCCUCAUCAUGUACUACUGGGAAAGACUUGAGAGCAGUUUUUAAACAUGGCAAUCUAUUGCUGGAGGAAGACUACUGUUUGGGGCACGGAGAGCUGCGCGAUGUGCAUUUGCAUUGUACACUGCGUGCUCUGAGUGACCGGAGCGUCCGCGUCUCCGUGCGCGUGAGGUUGCGGUUGGGGACAGUGGUUGAGGGAGAGACCCAUGGGCAGUUAUCAUCAUCACACACCAUCCAGAUUGUGCCUGGCAAAUGGAACCACCGAAAACGGAGAAACGUGAACACACCUCCCCAGUUUCAGCUCCCCAACUACCAGGUGUCUGUUCCCGAGAAUGAACCAUCAGGGACCCGCGUCAUCACACUAAAGGCCACUGAUCCGGAUGAUGGAGAGGCAGGUAGAAUAGAGUAUGGAAUGGAGGCCCUCUUUGACAGCAGAUCCAACGACUUUUUUGUAAUAAACCCUCAGACCGGUGCUAUUACAACAGUGCAGCCUUUAGACAGAGAGGUCAAAGACACCCACGUCUUCAAAGUAAUGGUGACAGACAACGGCUCCCCACGGCGCUCAGCCACGUCUUACCUCACCGUGACGGUCGGCGACACCAACGACCACGGGCCGGUGUUCGAGCAGACUGAAUACCGUGUAACCAUACGGGAGAAUGUAGAGGUGGGCUUUGAGGUCAUGACCAUAAGAGCCACAGACGGGGACGCACCCUCCAACGCCAAUAUGGUCUAUAAAAUCGUCAACAGCGACGGAGUGAACGCUGGCUUUGAGAUCGACCCACGCCACGGGCUAGUGAGGAUCAGAGAGCGGCCCGACAGAGAGACCACGUCCCAGUACCAGCUGAUCGUGGAAGCCAACGACCAGGGUAAAGACCCUGGACCCCGGAGCGCCACGGCCACCGUCAACAUCUCUGUAGAGGACGAGAACGACAACUACCCCCAGUUCAGUGAGAAACGUUACGUGGUCCAAAUCCCUGAGAACGUGGCCGUCAACUCUAAAGUCACUCAAGUUCAGGCCACGGACAUGGACGAGGGAAACAACGCUAAGGUCCACUACAGCAUCAUCAGUGGCAACGUGAAGGGACAGUUCUACAUCCACUCGCCCAAUGGGGUCAUCGAUGUCAUUAAUCCCCUGGAUUACGAGAUGAUCAGAGAGUAUAAUUUACGGAUUAAAGCUCAGGAUGGUGGCAGGCCUCCGUUGAUCAACGGGACUGGGAUGGUGGUGGUGCAGGUGGUUGACGUAAAUGAUAACGCUCCUAUGUUCGUCAGCACGCCGUUUCAAUCCACUGUGCUGGAGAAUGUGGCCAUUGGCUACUCAGUAAUCCACAUCCAGGCUAUAGACGCUGAUUCUGGGGACAACGCACGUCUGGAGUACCGUCUCACCGACACCUCCCCUGGUUUCCCCUUCACCAUCAACAAUAGCACUGGGUGGAUCACGGUUGCCGCGGAGCUCGACAGGGAAACCACAGAGUUCUAUACCUUCGGCAUGGAAGCAAGGGAUUGUGGGAUACCUGUGAUGUCAUCCUCAGCCAGCGUGAGCAUCACGGUCCUAGAUGUGAACGACAACAUCCCGACCUUCACAGAGAAGGUGUAUUCUCUGAAGAUUAAUGAGGAUGCUGUGGUGGGGACCAGUGUGUUGACAGUGACAGCCGUUGACAGGGAUGUAAAUAGCGUCGUUACCUAUCAGAUCUCCAGCGGAAACACCAGGAAUCGUUUUGCCAUCACCAGUCAGAGUGGAGGCGGGCUCAUCACCUUGGCGUUACCCUUAGACUACAAACAGGAGCGCCAGUACGUCCUGACGGUAACCGCUUCGGACGGCACACGCUAUGACAUGGCACAGGUGUUCAUCAACGUCACGGACGCCAACACGCACCGUCCCGUGUUCCAGAGCGCCAACUACCAGGUGAUGAUUAGCGAGGACCGGCCCGUGGGGUCCAUUGUGGUCGUCAUCAGCGCCACCGACGAAGACACGGGUGAAAACGCUCGCAUCACGUACAUCAUGGAGGACAACGUCCCCCAGUUUAAGAUCGACCCCGACACGGGCGCCAUCACCACCCAGAUGGAGAUAGACUACGAGGACCAGGCGUCGUACACGCUAGCCAUCAUCGCCAGGGACAAUGGCAUUCCUCAGAAGUCCGAUACGACCUAUGUGGAGAUAAUAAUCCUGGAUGCCAAUGACAACACACCUCAGUUCCUACGGGACAUGUAUCGGGGGACUGUGUUUGAGGACGCACCCGUUUACACCAGCGUGCUCCAGAUAUCUGCCUCCGACAGGGACUCCGGGUCCAACGGCAGGCUGAGCUACACCUUCCAGGGCGGAGAUGACGGGGAGGGGGACUUCUUCAUCGAGCCCUACUCUGGCAUCAUCAGAACAGCCAGGAAGCUAGACAGAGAGAACGUGCCUGUGUAUACACUGAAGGCCUUCGCUGUGGAUAAGGGGAUUCCUCCUCUCAAAGCAGCAGUGGACAUCCAGGUGUCAGUGCUGGAUAUCAACGACAAUGCCCCCGUGUUCGAGAAGGACGAACUGUUUAUCUACGUAGAGGAGAACAGUCCCGUCGGUUCCGUCGUGGCUCAGAUCAGCGCCACCGACCCAGAUGAGGGAACCAACGCUCAGAUCAUGUACCAGAUCGUCGAGGGGAACAUCCCGGAGGUCUUCAAGCUGGACAUCUUCAACGGCGACCUCACCGCCCUCACGGACCUCGACUACGAGUCCAGAACCGAGUACGUUAUUGUGGUCCAGGCCACGUCCGCUCCGCUCGUCAGCCGGGCCACGGUCCACAUCCGUUUAGUCGACAUCAAUGACAACGACCCGGUUCUGCAGAACUUUGAGAUUAUCUUCAACAACUAUGUGACCAACAAGUCCAACAGUUUCCCCUCAGGGAUAAUAGGGAAGGUACCUGGCCAUGACCCGGACGUGUCGGAUAAACUCCACUACAGUUUUGAGUCGGGGAAUGAGCUGAACCUGCUAGUGCUGAAUGCGGUCACGGGGGAACUAAAGCUCAGCAGAGACCUGGAUAACAACAGACCUCUAGAGGCCCCCAUGACUGUCUCUGUCUCAGAUGGUGUCCAUCGGGUCACAGCUCUGUGCACCCUGCGGGUCACCAUAAUCACAGACGACAUGUUGACCAACAGCAUCACGGUGCGCCUGGAGAACAUGUCUCAGGAGCGCUUCCUGUCCCCUCUGCUGUCCCUCUUCCUGGAGGGUGUGGCAGCCGUGCUCUCCACCAGCCGCCAGGCCGUCUUCGUGUUCAACAUCCAGAACGACACAGACGUCCGCGGCGCCAUCCUCAACGUGACCUUCUCGGCGCUGCAGCCAGGGGGUCACCCAGGGAGGUACUUCCCCUCCGAGGAGCUGCAGGAGCAGAUCUACCUGAACCGCACCCUGCUUCGACUAAUAUCAUCACAACAGGUGCUUCCCUUCGACGACAACAUCUGCCUGAGGGAGCCGUGUGAGAACUAUAUGAAGUGUGUGUCCGUGCUGAAGUUCGACAGCUCCCCGCCCUUCAUCUCCUCCGACACGGUGCUGUUCCGGCCCAUCCACCCCGUCAACGGUCUGCGCUGCCGCUGUCCUGCCGGCUUCACCGGGGACUACUGCGAGACGGAGAUAGACCUCUGCUACUCAGGACCCUGCAGGAACAACGGGAAGUGUCGCAGCCGAGAAGGAGGCUAUACGUGCGAGUGUCAGGAAGACUUCACUGGUGAGCACUGUGAGGUGAACGCCCGGUCGGGGCGGUGUGUCCCGGGGGUGUGUAAGAAUGGGGGGAAAUGUGUGGACCUGCUGGUGGGGGGGUUCAUGUGCCAGUGUCCCCCGGGAGAGUACGAGAAGCCUUACUGUGAGAUGACCACCAGGUCUUUCCCUGGUCAAUCCUUCAUCACCUUCAGGGGACUACGACAGAGGUUCCACUUCACUGUCUCAUUCAUGUUUGCCACCAGAGAGAGGAAUGCCCUGCUGCUGUACAAUGGGAGAUUUAACGAGAAACACGACUUUAUCGCCUUGGAGAUUAUCGAGGAACAGAUUCAACUCACCUUCUCUGCAGGAGAGACUAAGACCGUGGUCCAUCCCUUUGUUCCCGGAGGGGUCAGUGACAGCCAGUGGCACUCUGUCCAGCUGCACUACUACAACAAGCCCAACAUUGGUCGUCUGGGGAUCCCCCAUGGACCCUCGAGUGAGAAGGUGGCUGUGGUUGCUGUGGACGACUGUGACAUCGCCAUGGCAGUUCGCUUUGGCAACCAGAUCAGCAAUUACUCCUGUGCUGCCCAGGGCACCCAGACCGGACAGAAAAAAUCAUUGGACCUGACAGGACCGCUGCUGCUGGGGGGUGUUCCCAACCUGCCCGAGGACUUCCCUGUGAGGAACAGAGACUUUGUGGGCUGCAUGAGGAACCUGAGCAUCGACAGCCAACCCACCGACAUGGCCAGCUUCAUCGCUAACAACGGAACCACUGCAGGUUGUCCUGCCAAGAGGAACUUCUGUACUAAGGAUUUGUGUCAGAACAGAGGAGUGUGUGUCAACAAGUGGAACACCUACAGCUGUGACUGUCCUCUGGGCUACGGGGGCAAGAACUGCGAACAAGCGAUGCCGUCCCCGCAGCACUUUGACGGCCAGGCCCUGGUGUCGUGGAGUGACCUCGACGUCACCAUCGCUGUGCCCUGGUACAUGGGCCUGAUGUUCCGGACCAGGCAGGGCACUGGCACGCUGAUGCAGGCUACCGCUGGAGACUUCUCUACUGUCAGUCUACUGAUAAGUGAUCAGUACGUGAGGUUUGAGGUGUUUCUGGGAUCUGAGAGGGUAGCGUUGCUGGGCUUCCCUCAAGUCCGGGUGAACGACGGGGAGUGGCACCAUGUCCUGGUGGAGCUGAAGAGCGUCAAAGACGGCAAGGACAUCAAGUACAUGGCCCUGGUGUCACUGGACUACGGACUGUACGAGAGGUCUGUGGAGAUAGGUAACGAGCUGCCAGGUUUGAGGCUGAGGGCUCUGUAUCUGGGAGGGUUACCAGGAGAGGGGAACCACGUCCACGAUGGCUUCACCGGUUGUAUGCAGGGCGUGCGUAUGGGCGAGACGUCCACCAACGUGGUCAACGUGAACAUGCUGCUGGGCUUUAAGAUUCAUGUCGAGGACGGCUGUGACCUGGCCGACCCCUGUGACUCUAACAUCUGCCCUGAGAACAGCCACUGCAGCGACGACUGGAGCACACACACCUGCGUCUGCGACCCAGGGUACUUUGGGCGGGAGUGCGUUGACGCGUGUCACCUCAACCCCUGCGAGCACGUGUCCACCUGCGUCCGCAAGCCUAGCUCCUCCCAUGGCUACACCUGCGAGUGUGGACAGAACUACUACGGACAGUACUGCGAAAACAAGGUUGAGAAGCCGUGUCCGAGGGGCUGGUGGGGGAACCCCAUGUGUGGCCCCUGCCACUGUGACAUCAGCAAAGGGUUCGACCCUGACUGUAACAAGACCAGUGGAGAGUGUCGCUGCAAGGAUAACUACUACCAGCCCAAAGAGGAGGACACCUGUUACCCCUGUGAGUGCUUCCCUCUAGGGGCCCACUCCCGUACUUGUGACCCCCACACCGGACAGUGCCCCUGUAAAGCCGGGGUCAUCGGACAACAAUGUAACCGCUGUGACAACCCCUUCGCUGAGGUCACCGCCACCGGUUGUGAAGUGGUGUACGAGGGCUGUCCCAAGGCUUUCGACCAAGGGAUCUGGUGGCCCAAGACCAAAUUUGGCCGUCCUGCAGCCAUGAACUGUCCCAAAGGAUCUAUCGGAACUGCCAUCCGCCACUGCAAUGAUGAAAAGGGCUGGCUGCCUCCUGAACUCUUCAACUGUACCACAGUCUCCUUCACCCAGCUCAUGAAGAUGAAUGAGGAGAUGCAUCGUAACGUGUCCAGGAUGGACCGCGAGCGCGCCAAAGCGAUCGUGCGCCUGCUCCACAACGCCACCAACCACACGGACAGCUACUACGGCAACGAUGUGAAGACAGCGUUUCAGCUGCUGACCAGGGUCCUCCAGUACGAGAGUCAUCAGACGGGCUUCGAUCUCACGGCCACGAGAGACGCGGAGUUCAACGAGAACCUGGUGAGAGCGGGCAGUGCCAUCCUAGACCCUGGCACCAGAGACCACUGGGAGCAGAUCCAGCGCUCUGAGGGGGGCACCGCCCACCUGCUGCGCCACUUUGAGGAUUACACCAACACCCUGGCACAGAACAUGAGGAAGACCUACCUCAAACCAUUCACCAUCGUCACUGACAACAUGAUCAUUGUUGUUGAUUACCUGGACACGUCCGUCCCUGAGCAGGCCUCAGUCCCUCGCUUCCAUGAGAUCCAGGAGUACUACCCCAGAGACCUCACGUCCUCUGUCCGUUUCCCACAGUUCAACACUAGGCCCCAGGAGGUCCACGACAAAGUAGUCGAGCCCAGCCCCAGCGUCGAGCCCUCUCAGACCGACGCCCCCGAAGAGGAUCACACCCUAUCCAAUAAGAGACGCCGCCACGUCGAGUCCGCCGCCCCUCUGCCUGUUGCCGUGGUUAUAGUGUUUAGGUCGUUGGGUCAGCUCCUCCCUGAGAGAUACGACCCGGACCGUAGGAGCCUCCGGCUGCCCAACCGUCCAGUGAUCAACACCCCCAUAGUGAGCACGUUGGUGUACAGCGAGGGUUCUCCCCUCUCCUCUCCCCUUGACCCCCCCAUCACACUGGAGUACACACUACUGGAGACAGAGGAGAGGACCAAACCUGUGUGUGUGUUCUGGAAUCACUCCAUUGCGAUUGGUGGUACGGGGGGCUGGUCGUCUAAGGGAUGUGAGCUGCUGAACAGGAACAACACACACAUCAGCUGUCAGUGUGACCACAUGGCCAGCUUCGCUGUGCUCAUGGACAUCUCCAAGAGAGAGCAUGGUGACGUGUUACCCCUAAAGAUCGUGACCUACACCACGGUGUCAGCCUCCCUGGUAGCUCUGUUCUUCACCUUCAUCCUGCUGGCUCUACUCAGGAAGCUACGCUCUAACCUCCACAGCAUCCACAAGAACCUGGUGGCGGCACUCUUCUUCUCCGAGCUCGUCUUCCUCAUCGGCAUCAACCAGACUGACAACCCAUUUGUGUGUACGGUGAUCGCCAUCCUGCUCCACUACUUCUACAUGUGUACGUUUGCCUGGAUGUUUGUGGAGAGCCUCCACAUCUACCGCAUGCUGACGGAGGUACGGAACAUCAACCACGGCCACAUGAGGUUCUACUACGCCAUGGGCUGGGGCAUACCUGCAGUCAUCACAGGUCUGGCAGUGGGUCUUGACCCUCAGGGCUAUGGGAACCCAGACUUCUGCUGGCUCUCUGUCCACGACACCCUCAUCUGGAGCUUCGCAGGGCCCAUCUCUGUAGUCGUCCUGGUCAACAUCGUCAUCUUUGUGCUGGCAGCUAAGGCGUCCUGUGGACGCAGACAGAGGUCCUUCCAGAAGUCUGGAGCCAUUCCUGCUCUGAGGAUGGCCUUCCUCCUCCUAUUGCUCAUCAGCGCCACCUGGCUUUUGGGCCUCAUGGCCGUCAACAGUGAUGUCAUGACCUUCCACUACCUGUUCGCCAUCUUCAGUUGUCUGCAGGGCAUCUUCAUCUUCUUCUUCUAUGUGAUCUUUAAUAAAGAAGUGAGGAAGAAUCUGAAGAAUGUCUUUACUGGGAAGAAGGCUUCACCGGAUGAGUCCAGCACUACCAGAGCGUCUCUACUCACUCGGUCUCUGAACUGUAACAACACAUACACUGAGGACGGUCCUCUGUACAGGUCAGCCAUUGGGGAGUCUGCUGUUUCUCUGGAGAGUGCCGUCAGGGGUGACUCUGGCCAGAAGCACAGCGCAUCGUCAGGGACAGCUAAAGCAGGACACGCCGACCUGGACGGACCGCUGUUCCACAGGAACGGCACUAAAGGAGGAGACGACUCGGACUCGGACAGUGAGUUGUCUGUAGAUGAACACAGCUCGUCCUAUGCCUCGUCUCACUCUUCCGACAGCGAAGAUGAUGACAUGGACAUCAAGCCCAAGUGGAACAACGAGAGACCGCCUCUACACAGCACACCUAAAGGGCACAGCAUCAAAGUGGAAGCAGUGUCCAAUCAUGUGAAGCCUCACUGGCCCAAGGAGGCGAUGACAGCCAGUGACAGCGAGGAUCCUGGGGGUGCAGGACGGCUGAGGGUGGAGACCAAGGUGAACGUGGAGCUGCACCAGGAGAACAAACACAACCAUGUAGGAGAGAGAGGAGAGACACCACAGGACCGGGAGACCCCCACUAGAGAGAAUGGACCUCUCAGUCUACCCUCCAAUGGGCCUCCCAGCCUGGGCACCCACCAGCCUGAGCCGAAGAAGGGCAUCCUGAAGAACAAGAUCACGUACCCUCCUCCCUUGUCCGACAAGAACAUGAAGAACCGACUGCGGGAGAAGCUGAGUGACUACAACCGUCCCCCCGUCAUCCCUCCGUCCAAGAGCCCCUCCGUGGCCUCCGACGACGGGGUGCACCCCGUGUCUGUGGGCAACAGCGCAGUCAUCAAGCCGCCGAUUGCCCCACGGCCACAAUUACCACAGAAUGGGGGCGUGGCUAUGAGCAUGCAGGCGAUGGCGACCAACGGAGGCAACGAAUCAGACUCGGACGGCAGUAAUGAAACUUCAAUCUGACCCAGCAGGAAAACCAGAGUCUCUCUGCCCUUAUGAGAGGAGAAAAGAUGACCUCUCUCUGGAGUAGAGGAGAGGAGGAGAAUAAAGGAACAAAAGAGCAAAGGAGGAAAGAGAGGCGGGAAAAGGAUAGGUAUAAAGAAAAGGAGAGAAGGUAUCAUGCCCAUGUGCAAUGGAGAAGUGACCUCUCACCCUUGACCUCUCACCUUCAUCUCCUAAGGAGUGCAGUAUUCCUUCAGAGCCACGCCUGCCGGACUAAACUAAAGAAAAGGGAAGAUAUGGGUCGGACUACCUACUGGACUAAUGGAACCUCCUGUGCCAAACCACUAAAUAGGAGGCGAAGAAAGAGUCCAUCCCCCAGAAUGAGUGACUCACAUUGGCUGGACAGACUCAAGAGCCUCAGGGCUGAUACAGAUACGGAUGUAUGGAUAUAUGACCACUGUGUGCUGGUACAGUCAGUUGUAGUCCAGAGAAAGACUUCAAAGACUACAAAUCCUAUAGAGGUCUACAGGAAGUUCAGGAGAAACUCGGAGACUUACCAAGUGCGCUGUUCCUCCAAGCUACUCAUAGAAAGAGGAAUAUAGCCUUUCACCCAGUGUGUUUAGAGUGUAAUUAAUAUGUAGAUAUUUCCCAAAAAAAUCUAUAUUUUGUAUUUGAACUGUGUCAUCAUGGAUGAGAGACAAAAAUACAUGUUUGUAAAUUGAAAAGAAAAUGCUUUUGUAAAAACAACAAUUCUAGAAAUCAUUUCUGAUUGUGGAGAAAUCACACGCUGUAAUACGAAAUGUUAUUCUGUGGCUCAGACUAGCAAACCUGUGCCUUAUCACUGUGCAAACCCAACCCAUCUGGUACUUCAGGAAUGCCCCCCCCCCCCCCCCCAAAAAAAAUUGAGAAUUUUAUAGAAAACCUUUGAAUACAGGUCAGCAGCACACACCCAUUAUUCUGCUUCCCAAAGUAGGUAACCACUGCAUUACAUAUAUGGUAUGGAGUCUCUAAUGUCACGCUAACCACUACACAAGUAAUACCUUUACAACACUUCCUAUCAUGUACAAAAUGUGAUUUUUUUGUAUGAGCAAAGACACUGGGAUGGUUUUGUAACAAAUGUAUAUUUAUUUUUAUGGUUUCAAGACACUGGAAAAAACAUUGAUUGUAACUGUCAAAUUAAAGAUGACAUGUUGAAUUUUU